AUGGCCAAACACCUCCCCGGCCUUCUGCCCGGCUCGUGGGCGCUAUGGAGCAUUGGCAUGGCGACUGUGUUUGCCCGCUUCUUGUCCCGCCGCCUCGCCCUCGGCAGCUGGCGCAAACUGCAGCUCGACGACUACCUCAUGGCUCUGUGUGUCCUCACCUUCACGGGCGUCACUGUCUGCUCCAACCAGGUCGGCAUCAGCGGCAGCAACUACGCGUCCGACGCCGAGAUCGCCACAUGGUCCCCCGCAGAAACCCGCGACGCCGAAUGGGGCAGCAAAAUGCUGCUGGCCCUCGAGGAAUGUAUGAUGGCAACGGUCUGGCUCGUUAAGGCGUGUCUGUUGAUCUUGUACGGCCGCCUGACGUCGGGCCUCACGGAGGCCUUUGCUGUCAAAGUGGUGGCCAUCUACUGUGCCGUCGGCUACGUCGUCGUCCAAAUUUUGUAUUUGGGCGUCUGGUGCCGGCCCAUUGACGACUACUGGGCUGUUCCGGUGCCGGAAGGACAUGAGCAGUGCAAAACCUACCUCCACCAUAUGAUCACCGUCACCGUCUUCCACGUGUCCUCCGACCUGCUCAUGCUCCUCGUCCCCGUUCCUAUGAUUGCCCGCGCCAAACUACCGCUCCUGCGCAAGAUUAUUUUGUGUGGCAUCUUCAGUCUCGGCCUGCUCGUCGUCCUGGUCGCCAUCCUCAACCGCUACUACAAUUUCACCGUCGCCAACAGCCUCGUCUUUCUCAUCUGGUACAAUGGCGAGGCCAGCACGGCCGUCAUGGUCGCCAACAUUCCCUUUUGCUGGACCUUGCUGCGCCGCCUCUUUGCUCUUGACGCCUGGGGCAUGUCCAGCCGCCGCAGCCGCAGCACCUCGGGUGCCUACCGCCUCGGGGACAGAGACAUUCCCGUGGGUUCGGGUGGUGCAGCGGGUGCAGCUGCUACUGCUAGUACUACUGAAACUACUGUCGGACGUGGUGGUGUGUCUCAGGCCGGCCGCCGUCCAUUCGCCACCCUCGUUGGUAUUGACCUGGCGUCCACAACGGGCAGCACAGAACGGAUCACGGCCGGACAGACGGGCGAUGCCGCCGUGGACCACCUCGAUUGCAGAAAUCACGACAAAAGAGCGGCGUAUGGUGCACACAAAGGAUCGAGUGAUGGCGACUACGAUCCAGAAAUUGGACUAUGA